AUGGCUGCAACUACUUCUUUCAUCAUCUUCAUAAUCAUGAUGAGUGUCGUAGCAACCACAAAUUCUCUACCUUUUGUGGUGUUCCAUGGUAUUGCAGAUAAUUGCACUGAUAAAGUCUCAAUUAUAACUCAGAAACUCACUAAUUGGUCCGGUUCUGAAGGAUAUUGCAUAGAAAUUGGAGAUGGAUACAACAGUUCCAUCUAUAUGCCCCUUAUGAAUCAGACGACAAUUGCCUGUGAAAAGGUCAAGAGCAUGAGUGAACUCAAUGACGGUUACAACAUAGUUGCAAUUUCUCAGGGUAACAUGGUAGCUCGAGGACUUAUUGAGUUUUGUGACGAAGCACCUCCUGUGAAGAAUUACGUAUCAUUUGCAGGUCCUCAAGCUGGGGUAGCUUCUCCUCCUUGUUCUGAACCGGAGGUGUGCUCGAAAUUGGACACCUUAAUCGAACAACUUGGGGUUUACAGCCAAUUUGUACAGGAACACUUGGCACCUGCGGGUUAUAUUAAAAUUCCAGAUGAUAUUCCUGAUUAUUUACGAGGAAGUGAGUUUCUUCCAAAGCUCAACAAUGAACUCGCUAUUUGUAGAAACUCUGCGUACAAGGAACGGUUUGCUAGCUUGGAUAAUUUGGUGCUUAUCAUGUGUGAUCAAGACGAAGUUUUGGUACCUAAGGAAACCUCCUGGUUUGGGUUUUAUCCAGAAGGGCCGGGUUGGGCUAACAGUACUGUUUUGCCAGCAAAUGAGACAAUGCUGUACAAAGAAAAUUGGAUCGGUUUGAAAACCUUGGUUGAAGCCGGAAAGGUUCAAUUCGUAAAUGUGUCAGGACGGCAUGUAGAGAUUUCUGACAGUGACAUAAUAAAAUAUAUUGUACCAUACUUAAACGGGUCUGUAACACUCUCAAUGGUAGAAUCAUCGUCCUCAUCAAUCUGA